UUCAUCUUUAGGAUAGUAUAAGUACAACCAAACUCUGAAAGAGACACAUAUUUUCAUUGAAUAUUAGGUUUUCCACAUCUAGCUGACCAUGACAGCCAUGCAGCAGCUGCAGUUGAUGAUCUACAUGAUGAUGUUUACAUCUUGCCUGGUCUCCAAAGGAUAUGUUCUUCACAAGGAAAAUGGAAGACAAGAUCAGAUCCCAUCAUUACGAGCGACUAAAGACUACAGAUCAGAGGCUGACAUCUGGACAUUUCCUCCUCGAAUUGGACGAUCAGCAGUUUUUGACUUUUUGCCAUUUUCAUACAUUAUGGCUGAAGACUUAAUAUUUAAACUUUAUGAAGACAUGGAUAGCCCUAAGCAUUCUAUGCUUGCAUUUACUCCAAGAAUUGGUCGAAAGAAGCGAUCCAUAUCCGAAGAAUAUGAUGACUGGCAACUCAAUGAUGAUGAUAUCCAAAGGAUUUUGAGACAAAUUAUUCCAGUUUUGCAUAAUAAUGUGGAUGAUGGUUACAUAAAUAAAGCAAAAAGAGCAAUGUUUACUCCUCGAAUAGGACGUGCAUCAUACAUUCCAAGAAUUGGAAGAGCAAAUACAGGGGCUUUAUCUAGCUUACUCCUAUAAUAGGGCUAGCACCGUUUAGUGCUAGAAUUGGCAGGUUGAACAACUUAGAUUUCAAGAAAAGUAACGAGGGAUGAAUUACUCACAAGAUUGCCAACCAUAAUUUGGAAACUUACAACGGAACAUAGAACUCAAAAUAGAGAAAAAGUAAGAAAUGGAAAUGUAUGUUAUUUGACAAAAAUAAAUAACUAAAUAAUUUAUCAAGCA